AUGGAUGGGUUUGGCAGCCGCUUGGUUUUCUCCCCGGACGACGAGCAGCUCACAGACAGCUACCUCCAGAGCUACCUUGUCCGGAGCAGCCUCAGCGACCUGCCCCCCGUCGUCUCCUCCUUCUUCCAUGUCGCCGACGUCUACUCCGCCCCCCCUGACGAGCUACUCGCCGGUCUCGAUCCGGCGCCUGGCACCGGCGACGGCGACGGCCGGGUGUGGUACCUGUUCUCCCCGGUGCGCGUUCUUGGCAGCCGCGGCGCCAGGAAGGCCCGCACCGUCGUCGGCGCCGGCGGCGGCAACGAGUGCUGGCACGCGGAGGGCGGCCCCAGGGACAUCGAGAAGAGCGGCGCCGGCGGGAAGCUGCAGAAGUUCUCGUACAAGAUCAAGACGGCGUCGGGCGUCGUCAAGCCCGGGUGGCUCAUGGUGGAGUACUCCCUCCCCGGGAGCGACCGCCUCGCGCUCUGCAAGGUGUACCGCUCGCCUCGCAAGAGUCGCUACUCGCCUCCGACGCCGUCCUCGUCACCGGCGACGGUGGCGCCGCCGCCGUCCGUGUCCGGCUGCAAGCGCAAGGCGGAGGAGGGCGACCACCCCGAGGCACCGUCGUGCAGCGCGCCGCGGCGAACUCCGCCGGCGCCGGUGGAAGGAGACCACGGCGAGGACGACCUACUCCUUGCGGGGAGCCACCAAGAUGGUCAAGGCGCCAUGGACGUCGGCCUGCCGCCGGAGCAGCAGAACCAAGACAUCGCCGCUUCCGCUGCGGCCACGCAGGUCUUGGCGUUAGGCGAUCAAGAACAUGAGGGAGAUGGAGAGUUCGACGAGCGCGCCGAUCCAGAAUCCUGGGAGUGGGAAAACUACUUGUCUGCGGUGUUGAACGAGACAUGCAAACAAGAAACGCUCGCCACCGCCGCCGCCGGACAGCCGCCCGAGGAGACCGCCGUCCUCUGA